GUUUGUUCUGCUCAUGAGCGAGCGGCAGGUUCUCAUCUAAUUCACUGAGCAAAAUACUUUGGAUCAUUAAUAUUAUUAUUACAGAAACACCUACAGAGAACGGGUUGUAUAUAAAAAGAAAUGUUUUACCAUAUUUCUUUAGAGCAUGAAAUUUUACUUCACCCGAGGUACUUUGGUCCCAAUCUGCUCAACACCGUGAAGCAGAAGCUUUUCACAGAGGUGGAAGGAACUUGUACUGGCAAGUAUGGCUUUGUGAUUGCAGUCACCACUAUUGACAACAUUGGAGCAGGUGUAAUCCAGCCCGGGAGAGGGUUUGUCCUGUAUCCAGUCAAGUACAAGGCCAUUGUGUUUCGUCCAUUUAAAGGGGAGGUGGUGGAUGCUGUUGUUACUCAGGUUAACAAGGUUGGACUGUUCACAGAAAUCGGCCCUAUGUCUUGCUUCAUCUCUCGCCAUUCCAUUCCCUCAGAAAUGGAGUUUGACCCCAACUCUAAUCCACCUUGCUAUAAGACAGUUGAUGAGGACAUCGUUAUCCAACAAGAUGACGAGAUCCGGUUAAAGAUUGUGGGGACAAGAGUGGACAAGAAUGACAUUUUUGCCAUUGGGUCUCUCAUGGAUGAUUACCUUGGUCUUGUGAGCUGAUUUGCCCCAGAUGGAGCACAUUUCUUAUGGGACAUUUUAUCUACACACCAAGUUGAUUCUUUGUUUAACUUUAUAUUGUUCUACACUGAUUGAUCAGCAAUGAUGUAAGGAAAAGAGAAGUCCAUUCUUCAGCAUUUUAUGGAUAUGCUGUACUGCCAGAAUUUGUACCGUUUUAUUAGAGCUGGCUUCAAAAUAUGUGGCUAGCAGAAUUAUUGGCUGAAUUAACUGCAAGAUUGUAUACAAUGCAGUAUUUGUCAUUAUUUGUAGUUUAGUUUCUCUCAUUUUAAACAUGUUUCCAUUACAACUAUAUUGUUUUCUUUUUGUAGGUGAUUGACAAUAAAACAUUUUAUUUGUUCU